AAAGUAGGGCUUUGGCAUGGCUUCUGAUUAGAUUGAGAUUGUGCGCGUCGGUAGUGUUUAUCCGUUAUUCACGUUAUUUUUUAAUUUGAUUACGUAUUAUUUCAUUUGAAUAUACGGUUUUGAAAAUGGGUGCGUAUUUAUCAGAGCCGAAAACGACGAAAGAGAGCUCAGAUGCAGAAGGAGGGAAUAUGAAAUGCGGCGCAAGUUCGAUGCAAGGGUGGAGAAUUUCUCAAGAGGAUGCUCACAAUUGCAUUUUGGACUUUGACAAGAAUGCCUCAUUGUUUGCUGUGUACGACGGACAUGGCGGUCAUGAAGUAGCAGAAUAUUGCUCCAAAAAUCUGCCUGAUUUCAUAAAGAAAACAGAGAACUACACCAAAGGAGAGUUUGAACAGGCACUUAAAGAUGCUUUCCUUGGUUUCGACGCUACCUUGGCCACACCAGAAGUAGUUUCUCUCCUGAAAGCUAUAGCUAGCGGUAAAGAUGGAGAAAAGCCUGGUUCUGAAGCAGAGGCUGGAUCUGGCUCCGAGGAUGAGGAGGAAACAGUAGAUGGGUUAAUGCAGGAGGCACACAUGCCACUGGAACAGGUGAUGGCUAGGUACAAAGGUGCCGGACCACUGUGUCGGCUGCUGAAGGGGGAAGGGAAGCCGCCAGUGUCACCCAUGUUGAGAGGUCGCCGCUCCUCCUCCGGGAGUGCAAGUGGAAGUGGAGACGGACCUUCGGGCUCAGGCGCAGGCACCAGUCGCUCCUCCUCAGUGACAGAGGAUGCGGAAGUGAGCAGUUCCUCUAGUAGCCACGCGGAGGGUGCUGCAGUUGUGUGUAAUGGAGAGGCUGUUCACAUGAACGGAGAGGUAGGGGAGGAAGAGGGUGAUGCAGAGAAGAAAGGCAGUGAGGCUGAGGUGGACAGCAGUGAUAACAAGGAAGUGAAAGAGGAGAAAGUGUUGGACAAGGUUGAGAAGUGUGCAGAUGAAGGUGAGAAGAAAGUGGAAAGGACAGAAGCGGACAGUUCAGGGCAGAAUAAUGGUGAGAUCCAUAGUGGUGUGAGCAGCUCUUCGGAGACAGAGGCAGGUAAUGAUGGAAUCUCCAGUAGUAGCCCGUCCAAGAAGAAGAAGCGGAUUUCCUCUGCAGAGAUGUACCAGAAGUUGAUGAUGGAAGACUCUGAUUCUGAAGAGGAGGAUGAGACUUUCACUGCAGAUGCUGAAAGUGAGGAUGGGUCAAGUGAUGAAGCUGCAGAGGGUGCUGAGGAGAAAGAAGGAGAAGAUGAUGAAGAGUCCUCCGUAGAUGAUGAAGAAGAGGAUGAUGAUGAUGAUGUGGAGUAUCCAGGAAUGGAUGUAAAAGAGGAGCCUGGCUCAGACAGCGGGUGCACAGCAGUUGUAGCGUUAUUGGUCGGCUCAGAUCUGUGGGUUGCGAACGCUGGUGACUCCCGGUGCGUGGUGUCUCGUGAUGGCAAGGCACUGGAGAUGUCCGUGGACCACAAGCCUGAGGAUGAGCCAGAGAGGGUGAGGAUAGAAGCAGCUGGUGGCAAAGUCACCUGUGACGGACGAGUCAAUGGCGGACUCAACCUGUCUCGUGCUAUUGGAGACCACUCGUACAAGCAGGUGAAGUUGUUGCCACCCAGUCAGCAGAUGAUCACAGCGCUCCCUGACAUACAGAGGCUAACAUUGGAUCCUAGCAGGGACGAGUUUAUGGUGUUGGCCUGCGACGGCAUCUGGAAUUCCUUGAGCAGUCAGGAGGUGGUGGACUUUGUCCGGACCAAGUUGGAACAAAACACCGAGAAACUGUCGCAGAUCUGUGAGGAGGUAAGUGAAACCAAAAUCCUUGUUAUUUGCAGAAAAGCAAACAUGUAAAUAAUUGAUACGCUG